GAAGCUGCCUCGCUGACGUUGGACAGACACAGUGAUAACUUUACAGGAAAGCUUCAAGGACAACACACACCCCGUGCCGUGGGCCUGAAAUCAUCUCUUCCUGCCUCGGGGAGAAGCCACCGUCCGUCCCGUCACCGCAAUGGUGAUGUCGCAGGGCACCUACACCUUUCUGGCCUGUUUCGCCGGCUUCUGGUUGGUCUGGGCCCUCAUCGUCAUGCUCUGCUGUUUCUGUAGCUUCCUCCAGCGCCGGCUGAAGCGCCACCGCGAGGAGAGGCUGAGGGAGCAAUGCCUGCGGGCGCUGGAGAUGGAGCCGCUGAGCUGCCACGGUGCCGGGUACCCGCCCGCUCCUCCUCCUCCUCCCCCUCUCCUUCCCCCGCCGCCGCAGCUGCCGUCCAGGGAGCCGCCGCAGUUUUGUCCGCCUCAGACGCUCUCGCCGCCGCUUCCUCUGCAUGUUCCCCAUCCGCUGCCACAGGCGAACUGGGUCAGCGCACCAGACACAGAUAUAUUUGGGAAGCCGCCCUGCUACGAGGAAGCCGUCCUGAUGGAGGAUCCUCCCCCACCUUACAGCGAGGUCCUGGCUGACCCACGGGGGGGCACCUACCUGAAGCCCACCCUGCACCGAGCAGCACCCCUCCCUCACAGGGAACAACAGGAGCCACCUCCAGUGUUUACGUCCGAGACCAGCAAGCCUCCUCCGGCUGCUGUCUUCCCUGAGCGGGGUUACUCCUCCCUGAUCCGCCUGCCGUCUGCUCGCCGCUGGGACUCCCUCGGUCAUCUGCUCUCCAACAUGGACCUGAACCACAACAACCUCCCACCACCAGAGAGCCGCUCUCUGCAGGCUGCAGCUGCCAUGGCCACCAUGCCCCGCCGAGAGGUUAGGACUCAUCCACAGGGCCUUGGGCUCCAUGGGGCAAUACCAGGGAUCCCGGAACUGCCAGGGUUCCAGGGUGUCCAGGGACUCAGAGGGAUGGAGCCCAGCUGUGGUCUGCCCACGGCCUUCCCUCUGCUUGGUAGGAGCACUGCCGUCUAG